UAGUGUUUUCUUGAACGCAUGAACCUUAACCAUGUAUCCAUAAGUUGAUAUUAACAAUAAUACAGUUUCAUUCUGCAGAUUCUACAUUAAAAUUCAAGUGGCUGAAGGCGACAUGGCGAAGUUUAGGGUUUGUUUGUUGUUGUUGUUGAUUAAAUUGUUUAUAAUCAAAGCUGAAUGGUCCAGUUCAAAUCCAAACGAGUUUAAUAUUGGUGGGGUUUUGAGCAGCAAUGAAAGUGAGAGAUACUUUAAGGAAACAAUUGAUCAUUUAAACUUUGAUAAUCAAUAUGUCCCAAAAGGUGUGACAUAUUAUCACACAGCUAUUUUGAUGGAUCCAAAUCCCAUUCGCACCGCCCUAAACGUGUGCAAAUAUUUGAUUUCAAGUCAGGUGUAUGCUGUUGUGGUAUCACACCCGUUGACGGGUGAUUUAUCACCAGCGGCUGUUUCUUACACCAGCGGUUUUUAUCACAUCCCGGUUAUUGGUAUUUCUUCGAGGGAUUCUGCUUUUUCAGACAAAAACAUUCAUGUGUCAUUUUUGAGGACGGUUCCACCCUACUCACAUCAAGCAGACGUAUGGGUGGAAAUGCUCAAGUACUUCAACUACAAAAAAGUCAUAUUUAUCCACAGUUCGGAUACAGAUGGUCGCGCACUCUUGGGUCGUUUCCAAACCACAUCACAAAUCUUAGAAGACGACGUUGAAAUAAAAGUUCAAGUCGAAUCGGUGAUUGAGUUCGAACCGGGGCUGGACAGUUUCGAGAAACAGUUGAAGGAAAUGAAGACCGCACAAGCCAGGGUUUAUUUAGUUUACGCGGGUAAGCACGACGCCAAAGUUAUCUUUAGAGAUGCAGCAGCUUUAAACAUGACCGAAGCUGGUUUUGCUUGGAUUGUAACGGAACAAGCUUUGGAAGCUGAUAAUGCACCAGAAGGAAUAUUAGGUUUGAAGCUGGUUAAUGCCACCAACGAAAAGGCCCAUAUAAGAGACAGCAUAUAUGUUUUAGCUUCGGCUCUUAGAGAUAUGAACCAAAGCAAAGAGAUAACUCAAGCUCCCAAAGAUUGUGAUAAUUCCGGUUCAAUUUGGGAAACUGGCAGGGAUUUGUUUAAUUUUGUCAGGUCUCAGGUUUUGUUAAAUGGUGAAACUGGGAAAGUUGCUUUUGAUGAUCAAGGUGACAGGAUUAAUGCUGAGUACAAUAUCGUUAAUGUGCAAAAGAAGAAGAAAAAAGUUGUUGGAAAAUAUUUUUAUAACAGAGAAAACAACAAAAUGCACCUGAAAGUAGACGAAAAAAAUAUUAUUUGGCCUGGCAGGCAAACCACAAAACCUGAAGGUUUCAUGAUACCUACCCAUUUGAAAGUGUUGACCAUAGAAGAAAAGCCUUUUGUUUACGUGCGAAAAUUGCAGGAUAUCAACGACAACUGCACUUUGGAAGAAAUUCCUUGCCCCCAUUUCAACGCCACCAACGAAAUGGACGCAAACUAUUGUUGCAAAGGUUACUGCAUGGACUUGCUGAAGGAACUGUCUGCUAAGAUCAACUUCACCUACAGCUUAGCCUUAUCGCCAGACGGGCAAUUCGGCAACUACAUAAUAAAAAACAACACGCUAGGCGGCAAAAAAGAAUGGACCGGCUUGAUUGGAGAAUUGGUGGGCGAAAAGGCAGACAUGAUAGUCGCACCUUUGACUAUAAACCCCGAAAGAGCGGAAUUCAUUGAGUUCAGCAAACCUUUUAAGUACCAAGGAAUAACAAUAUUAGAGAAGAAACCGUCCAGAUCAUCAACUUUGGUGUCUUUCUUGCAGCCCUUCAGUAAUACCUUGUGGAUCCUCGUCAUGGUAUCCGUGCAUGUUGUCGCGUUGGUUUUGUAUUUGUUGGACAGGUUUUCGCCGUUUGGCAGGUUCAAACUGGCCAAUACUGAUGGUACUGAGGAGGACGCGUUGAAUUUGUCCAGUGCCAUUUGGUUUGCCUGGGGUGUGUUACUUAACAGUGGUAUUGGUGAAGGUACUCCUAGAAGUUUCUCGGCCAGAGUUUUAGGUAUGGUUUGGGCAGGUUUCGCCAUGAUAAUCGUAGCAUCAUACACUGCUAACUUGGCGGCUUUCCUUGUGUUGGAAAGGCCAAAAACGAAGUUGACGGGCAUCAAUGAUGCUAGGCUGCGAAACACCAUGGAAAAUCUAACUUGUGCCACAGUCAAAGGGUCAUCAGUUGACAUGUACUUCAGAAGACAAGUUGAGUUGUCUAAUAUGUACAGAACAAUGGAGGCCAACAAUUAUGAUACUGCUGAAGCUGCAAUUGCUGAUGUUAAACAAGGCAAAUUAAUGGCAUUUAUUUGGGACAGUUCACGAUUGGAGUUCGAAGCAGCUCAAGAUUGUGAAUUGGUAACAGCUGGAGAACUUUUUGGACGGUCCGGUUAUGGAAUAGGUUUACAAAAAGGUUCACCCUGGUCAGAUGAUGUAACUUUGGCCAUAUUGGACUUUCACGAAAGUGGAUUUAUGGAGGCAUUAGACAACAAAUGGAUCCUACAAGGGAAUUUACAACAAUGUGAGCAAUUUGAAAAGACACCAAAUACGCUAGGGCUAAAGAACAUGGCAGGGGUGUUCAUAUUAGUGGGCGCUGGAAUUAUAGGAGGUAUAGGACUGAUAGUCAUAGAGAUGGCUUACAAAAAACACCAGAUUAAAAAACAGAAACGCAUGGAACUGGCCAGACAUGCUGCCGACAAAUGGAGAGGACAAGUGGAGAAACGCAAAACGUUAAGGGCCUCAUCUCUACCACAACGUCGCAUCAAAUCCAAUGGGGUCAACGAUCCGGCCACAAUAUCAUUGCAAGUGGAUAAAUUUCAAAGGAUUAGUGGACCUCCGGAACGAGCUUGGCCAGGCGACACUGACAUGAGACAAAGAAGAAUUGAAGACACUGGAGUCCAACCAGUUCCCCGAUAUCUUCCUGGGUAUACAGGGGAUGUUUCACACCUCAUCGUUUGAGCAAUUCACUUUUAAAUAGUAAUAAGUAAAAUUAUCACAUUAUCGAGUUUUUGAUUCAAAAUUGUCUAUAUGAUUACAGAAUGUUUCAGGGUAUGUAAGAGUCUCCUUCUAGGAGAUGUAAACCAGAUUUCGGUGUGAUAGAGUCUGAGUAAUAUUAAUAAUAUGUUUGUUUACACAAAACUUUUAAAUAUUCAUCUAUGGUUUUCUAUUCUCAAUGUAUUUUAGGAUAUAGAAAUGAGAGAAUGAAGAGACAAGAUGAAACCUAAAAUAUUAAUUAAGCCUAAACUAUAAAUUGUAUGUAACAAUGUUAAAACUAGUAUUAAAUAUAAUAACAUGAAGCGGAA